AUGAAGGUGGAUGUCGUUCACUGUGCUGGGCACAAGCGCAAGCUCUGCUCGCUGGGGACGGGCGAGGUUGUGCAUGUCUUGAACUUUCGGGCACAUCCGGACAAGACGCAGGAGUUCGAGAGGAUCGCGCAGAGGCUGGCCCACUGCUUCUACCACAUGGAGUCGGGGAUCAGCGACGUACGGGUCUGCCAUCCCAAGUGCGGAGAGGUAUGCUUCGUGCUCACGUUCCUCAGCAAGAGCGACCUCGAGAGGUUCCAGGCCGGGCCCGAGCGCGACGCGACGGAGGCGCUGAAGUCAUGCAUCGAGGGGGGGAUCCCCUCGUUCGCGGUGUCGGGGACGCUGAUGCCGGAUACGCACACUUUCUCCUCCCUCCUCACGUUCCUCAAGGCCAACAUCAAGGGGAGCAACUACAACGCGCACGACUGCGAGGUUGUGAAGCGGGAGAUGGCGAAGUGGUUCCCGAGGAAGGAGGAGUACGAGAGGUACGUGUACUGGGACCCUGCCGACCCCACCAAGUACACGAGGAAUCUGGUGUUUGCCAAUGAGCACAUGGACGUCCUGCUCAUGUGCUGGCCGCCCCACUCGAAGAGCGCGAUCCAUGGGCACGAGGACAGCAGCUGCUGGGUGGUGCUGGUGGAGGGCGAGGUGCACGAGAUCCAGUACAACGUGCCGAAACUGGACAAGAAGUUCAUCGAGACGCAGAUGAAGAACCCGACGGGGGCGAUCGGGAGGUGCUCGAAGCUGCGGGUGAUCCACGAGGUGAAGCUUAGCGAAGACGGCCUGACCAACACGUACGCCAACGACGACAUCGCCGUCCACCGCAUCGAGAACAGGUCCGACCGGCCGGCCUUCACACUGCACGUGUAUGCGCCCGGGCUGAGGAAGAUGAAGAUCUUCAAGGACAGCGGGGAGGUGUUCGUCUACUCGGUCGCUUCCAUCCCCUACAUGUCCGAGCAUGGCAGUCGCACGGGGAGAUGGGGGAAAGACACGGACCCUGACGGCAUCCUCGACAUCGAGGCCUGGAACAAGAACCAGCUCGGCAGCUCUCCUGUCAUCUCCUCCAUGCCCAACCCCCCAGACAUGGAAGUUGGUCCUUCGAUCUGA